UGGCUUCGUUCGUUGACGUUCUUUCUGCCAAAGCUGCAGAGAGAAGAAGGGGAGAGCAGUGGAGUCAACAUCGGCGUUUGGCCACGUUUCAGCUUAAUAUUGUGGAUGAAGGUGGAGGAUUCCUGAGCGAGGGUUUCAGCGUGGACUACCCGCCAUGUCGGUCGAGGAGGAGAGGGGGGUAGUUCGUGUCAAAGUCAAGAAAUGUGAGGGAAUCCUGCCAGUGGAGUUUCGCUCCUUUGCAGUUGAUCCACAAAUUACAUCCCUGGAGGUGUUGCAGCACAUCCUUAUACGAGCGUUUGAGCUCAAUGGGAGGCGGAAUUUUGGUAUUAGUUACCUCUCCCGGGAUCGAGGGGGUGUGGAGGUCUAUCUCUCUCUACUGUCGGACUGGGAUCUAGACGCAGCAUUUGUCAGUGCAGCUAAGCCUUACCUACAGCUGAAGAUGGAUAUUAAGCCUGCAGAAGACAGUCCUGUGCUUGAGGACUGGGACAUUAUCAGUCCGAAGGAUGUGAUCGGCUCUGAUCAACUACAGGGGGAGAAGAGGUCGCUGGCGUCCACUGCUCUUCCCUUCACUCAGUCACUGCUGUCCCAGGUUACUGAUGACGUUCUUCACCCUGUCAGCCAGCUGUUUUACCAGCCAGUCUCUGCUGCGUUCAGUCAGAUGGGUAAGACCCUAUCUAGGGUACAACAAGCUUUUAGCUGGUCCUACGGAGAGGAGGUUAAACCAUUUAAACCUCCUCUGAGUGAUGCAGAGUUCCACAGCUAUCUGAACAGCCAGGGUCAGCUAACCCGUCCAGAGGACCUACGACUACGCAUCUAUCAUGGCGGAGUUGAGCCAUCCUUACGCAAGGUAGUGUGGCGAUAUCUUUUAAAUGUAUACCCAGAUGGUCUGACAGGCCAGGAAAGGAUGGACUACAUGAAGAGAAAGACUAGAGAGUAUGACCAGCUGAAACAUGAAUGGAUGGCCAGAGCCACUUCAGAAGAUUUGGAGUUCAUACGGGGCAAUGUGCUAAAGGAUGUUCUCCGAACUGACCGAGCCCACCCAUAUUAUGCUGGUUCAGAGGACAGCCCCCAUCUGACGUCCCUGACUGACCUUUUAACCACCUUUGCUAUUACACAUCCACAGGUGUCUUAUUGUCAAGGUAUGAGUGAUAUUGCCUCCCCGAUCCUUGCUGUCAUGGACAACGAAGCACACGCUUUCAUCUGCUUCUGUGGCAUCAUGAAGCGCCUCGAGGGCAACUUUCGCCCUGAUGGCCAGCUCAUGUCUAUAAAGUUCCAGCAUCUCAAGUUACUUUUGCAGUAUUCAGACCCUGAGUUUUACACAUAUCUGGUGUCCAAAGGUGCAGACGACCUGUUCUUUUGUUACCGUUGGCUCCUUCUCGAGCUUAAGCGGGAGUUUGCCUUUGACGAUGCCUUGAGGAUGCUGGAAGUGACUUGGAGCUCUUUGCCUCCAGACCCACCUGAGACUGAAGUUGAACUUCUUGGGCCAUCGCUUGAAGCGGACCAGCCUCCAAGCCUGGACAAUGGCCGCCGAAGUUCUGAGAACUAUGAGCUUGAGAAAGAGCAGACAGAGAGGCAACGGAGACGCCACAUGCUGAGGCCGUCUCGGGAAGAGGCAGACGGAGGACGUCGUCUCAGUUUCGAGGUGGAGAGGAAGCAGGAGAAAGGAUCUAUGAAGGAUGGUGAAGAAGAGAUCAGUGUCCCUACUGUGGCUAAGAGUGAUGCUCCUGUAGUUGCACGUGCUUUUGAGAAGCAGUCUAGUUUUGGGGAGUUCAAAUACUACAGUGCCCGGAAUGAGGACAGUUUCGAGAUAAACGAAAAUGAACCCUCUGAUCCUACGUUGUCACCUGUUGAGUUUCAGUCAGCACAUUCAACGUUGUCUCUCACGGUACGCCAGUCUACAGAGGACAGUGAGGAUGAUCCAGGAGAGAGGCAGCCUUUGAUAAGCAGUACUGACAAACUUUCAUCUCCUGAGUUGGAGGAGAGAGGUUCUCCCAAUGGUCAAAUGGCUUCCUCUCAUCCUCCAUGUCUAUCCAACUGGAAAAAUGGCUCCAAUCAGUCUUCAGCAACAUCUCCUUCAUUGUGCAGUUGGAGAACUGCAUCUCCAGAUGUUCCAGCAUCAAAAUGUUCGUCUUCUCCUGAGAAAGCACUGGGGAGAUUGACCACCACAACUGCUGUGCCUAAUGGCACUGGAGCACAUUCGCCGUCAACCCCAACAGGCAAGUCUGGAGUUUCCUCUCCAUCGCUUGGCUACAAUCGAUCCCUGCUCUCCUCGCCUGUUUUGUCCUUUGGCAAAUCCCCAUCUCUGCCUAAACCAUUCUCCAGCAACCUUCCAUCACCUUGCAAACCCCAAGGUAGUGGCAUGAACUCACCAAACACUGGAAAACCAGAGGCUGGUGGUGGUAAACCCUGUUCCCUGCCACCUCCUCAAGAGUUUGGAAAGGGAAAUCCCUUCAUGCUGUUCCUGUGCCUCUCCAUCUUGUUGGAGCAUCGUGACCACAUCAUUAAAAACAGCUUGGAUUACAACGAACUGGCCAUGCACUUCGAUCGCUUGGUCCGCCGGCAUAACCUUGGCCGUAUCCUUCAGCGCGCCAAGGCCCUGUUUGCCGACUAUCUGCAGAGCGAAGUGUGGGACUCAGAGGAGGGGGACGAGGUCAGCUUGGACUCUCCAACCACAGCUGCCGCCUCCCCUCACACACCCAACGGGCCCACCUUUUCUAACCUGCAGCCAGCAGUGGCCUCCUCCCCAAACUCGACCUAUAACUUGGCCACCACAAUCCCAUCCCCCACAAGCCCCAUCGCUGUCUCUCCAUCAGCCUCGUGAUUAAUUUCAACUGCAUCUCCUGCAGCCAUCACCACCACAUGAACAGACAUAUGAAGUGACAAAAAAAAUAAAUCAAAGGCUCGUAGCCUCCUUUAGUGCUUUUCAUAUGCUUUAACGGUUCUGUUUAUGUGGCAAACCAAAGUUGAGCAAGCGCUUCUUUCCCAAACCCUGCUCUUGGUGUAAGACAGUAUUUUUUUUUCCUGUACCUUAUAUGGCCUUUAGAAUUUUUUUCUACACUUAUGCGUGCUAUUCAUUGUACUGUAUGUAAUUUACUUUAUCUUGCACUUUAUCUUUUGUCCCUUUAGAGGGCAGGGCCAGUUUUUUUUUCACAUUAUUAUAUCAUGUAAAUAAAAGCUCAGAUAGCUCACGGUGCAACAAAUGAACAAAUGGGGGAACUUUUACCAGCAGGGAUGUUGUAAUGCUGGACAUAUUACACAUAACAAAGCAACAAAAACGAGCUCCUUUAUUAUGAUUAAUUGGUAUAUAUGCAGUUAUUGACCCAAUUAAUUGGAUCUUCACUUUUGCAUCCUUGAUGUUUAUUCAACACCCCAGAGGGUGUGUUUUUAAGAUUUACAUUACAGAUAUGUUAGCUCGUCUCAUAGAAUUCAGUUUUACCAUGAAUUCUGUAUUUUGAACACCGUAUAUUGAGUGUAUCUGAAGAACUUUACAAUACUCGGGAUUUGUUGGAAUGGUUAAAUUCACAUUUAUUGCUCCACUGGACUGGAAUUAUUGAUGUUAUAUUGUUUUUGUUCUUAAAUGAUGGCAGGUCAAAAAUGUCAGCUGAAUUACUUGCUACAUAAAGGGACAGUUUUCCAGACAGAGAUUAAGCCUAGUUUUAGACUAUAUGUUCCUUUCAAUGUAAAAUAUCCAUUCAAAUUGCUGUGAAAUCCAAGGCUAGGCUCAGUAAUUGUCUAGAUAACUGCCACUUUAUUAGUAUUAUUGGUCAUUGGUGAGGCAGUAAAUGAUCACUGUUUGGUGAUGAUUAAUGUCCUGAAAGUCCAGUGCAAAAAGUAUUACCAGAUGGCUCUUUACCCAUUUUUUGUGUGGAAGUGCCUCGUUUCCAUGAACAAUUGUUUUUAGUUAUUGAUCUUUACAUAAAAUCUCUUGGACCUUGUUUACAGCUGGUCACCUAAAUUGAUUAGUAUCUGGAUUGUAUCCUGAUGUUUAGGUCACAUAUAUUUACAUUUGGUAAUCAAAAGUGUUCCCAGUUUUUCAGACUGAAAUAUGAUUUCUGUGUGAAUAAUUGUGCUGCAAUUAUUACUGGUUGUACUGGAAAGGGUUUUGGUUUGGUUCUCUUCAAAAGACCGUUGUGUUUACACUGCUAGAAAAUAUACAAUAUGCCGUAGCUCUAAUGCAGUGUUGGUGUGUUUACUCUUUCAUUUUAUUAGACUUGGUCUUAUCCAAAAAUAAUCCUGAUACUCAAGACGCCUGAAGUGACCAGGUAUAAUCAGGGUUUCUGUCAUAAAAGGCCAUUUAAAGCAAAACAUCCUAUCAAGGUGUUAGUUUAGGGCCUCAUACAUCAAUAUAAAGGUUAGUUUGUAUUGGUUUCUGAAUUACUUUGCCGUACCAUCUCUAUGUAAUCAAGAAAAUUGAUGAUUAGUAAUGUUACACAUCCAGUAAUUGCCUUUUGUUAAUUAUCACAGAAUGGUCACAUCCUGGAAUAUCAUUAUUUCCUGUUCAUUUGGAGCUUUUCACAUCUUAACACCAAGUGUACUUUUAUUUCUUUUCUUGUUAAAAGUGCUUUCUCUGUCCUGCACGUGGACCAAAGGGAUUUUCCUUGAAAAUGCCAUCAGUAUGGGCCUCCUGCACAAUGUAUGAUUGAUAAUUUCAUUAUCUGUUUUUUUUUUUUUUUUCUUUUUUUUCUCGUAUGUACAAUUAUUUACUUGAAUAUUAAAUUAUUCCCAUUACGAUAUUUGCUGGACUGAAUGCUUGCAAUACCCAUAUUUAUACAACUGAAUUCAAUAACUGAGUUGUAUUACACUGUUCCUAUGGUAGUGUGAUUCAGUGUAAAGAGGAAAAAAAGAUAAUGAACUAAGCAAAUGGACGAAUACAGAACAAUCUGAAAUAAAAUAAAGUUUUGUGUAA